AUGACUAACCUGGCAGGACCUUUUACCCAGAAAUCUGGUGAGACUGUUAAGCUUACAAACACCACCUCAACGCCUUUGGCAUACAAAGUGAGGACUACUUCCCCGAAGUUAUACGCAGUUCGUCCUACUUCGACUCUGCUACAACCAGGCGAGUCCAUAGAAGUCUCUAUUGUUCUGCAAGGGCUUCCAGAAGAGCCAUCGCCCGACUUCAAGUGCAAGGACAAGUUUUUGUUCGUCUCUGUUCCUCAUCCUGACUACAACGAAAAUGAUGUUAUUGCAGACAUCUUCCCAGAAUUAGAGAGCCGUUACAAGAGUGAGGUGGAAAGACAAAAAGUUAAAGUUAAGUUCGCCAUUGGUGAACCAUCCACUCAAGACGAUAUAGAAUCUAAGAACGAGCAACCAGACAAUGCAACCGAGGCUUCUAAGCCUGCCUCCACUGAAAUUAACCCAUCGUUCGGCAAAGAGAUCUCAGAGAAGAAUGCCAAAGUUGCAGCUUUGGAGGAAUCGUUGGAUGGAAAACACAAGACAUCUAUUGAAACUACCGCAUCUCGACAGGAGCCUGUUUCAACUACACAAUCCUCUCGUCUUCCAUUAAUAAUCUUGAUAAUCCUUCUUGCUAUAGUUGCUAAGUACUUUUUCUUCUAG